AUGAAAAGCCACUGUUCUCGCUUCUGUUCCGAAUGUAAAUUACCAAUGUUUCGCAUUGAUGAGCUUCCCAUCGGGAGACUCGACCUACAGGAGACCUUCCAAACGGGAAAGGCUUUGCGCUCGUCAGUGGGAAUCUUCAAACUGAUCUCGUUGCUCAUUGCUUCGGGAUUCUUGGUGCAUAUCUUGAUCACAGACCAGGAACCUCUCUUUUAUCCUGCAUACUUGACAGCAUGGGGGUUGUUCUUUUCGAUAUGCUACCUUGCUGGUUCCUUGAGAUUGACGGCCUCUUCUUCCUCAUCGCCUUCCGACGAGACUAGUGCCACCAGAUUGGUCAAGUUUACUUGGCUUCUCUUUUCCAUGUCUUCGGUUUUGGAGUGUGUCAUCACCUUACUCUAUUGGGGAUUCCGACCAUCCAGUACGGGGCCUGUUAGGGUGGCAGACGUCACGACGCAUGGAUGCAUUGGGGUUGUCGUUUUGAUGCAAGGAUUGCUAGUGGACCAUAUCCCCUUGCGUUUGAAGCACAGCAGCGCUACUGCUCUCUUUGCAUUUAUCUACAUCGUUUGGACGGUCCUUCAAAACGUGGUCAUCCAAUACAGUCCAUUUGACGAUGAUGAGUCGGACGAUGACGCCAUUUACGGUUCCUUCCGCUGGAGGAGAGAUACGACCACGAGUCUGAUGUUAUCAUUGUUUGCCGUGUUUGUGGUUAUCCCGUUCUUUACGAUACUCGUUUGGGCGCUAUCUCUUCCCGGAAGAAGGUACUUGGACAAGCCAGACGAGGGAUCCGUAAUGGAAGAAACCGACGAUGUUCUCGAUGAAAGCAGCAGGAGUAGCGAGGUUGAUCCGGAAGCUAUUCAACGCUAG